GGUAACUCUAAAUUAAGUGCUACGAAAACAGAAACCAAUGUUCGCGAAUUUACGAGUGUAGGUAGAAGACUGAGGGAAUUAUGAAGGGAAUGACAAUGGCGAGGCUUUGUAGAAGGCAUAUGUUAUUACUUCACGAGGCACAUAAGCAACUCAGCACGUGUAGAAGGGUUCACGGUAAAGGAUCUCAAACUCCAACCGUAGCAGCAGCGCAACAGUCGGAACCAUUUCUCAAUCGUCCCAAAGCCGUCGCGGCGGUAGACAUGGUUGAGGUCAGUCCCACAAUGACGACUGCUUCUAAGAUCGAUAGUACAGAAGCUCAAGUGGUCCCUGAAAGCACAGUGGCUUAUGAUGUAUGGCAGGUGGACCCUGCCACAGUCAAAGAGAUCUACUUCUUCAACACACUGGAGCUUGUCAAGAAGCUGGAACAGCAGGGAUUUACUCGUGAACAGUCGGAGGGGAUGACUGGUUGUCUUGUCGACAUCGUGAACACUACCAUCAAGCACCAGUCUAACCACAUGAUCAGCAAGUCAGAGCAGGAGAUUCGCGUCCAGCAGCUCAUGGCGGAGAUCUCCUCAGUGAAGAAGGACAUGGUCAUGCUGCAGAAGAGUGAGUUCUCCUCGCUACGCAACCAGACGGAGAAACAGUCAUUUGAAAUCCGUCAAAUCAAAGACUCAUUGCGAGAUGAGAUUGGAAAGUUGAAAGGUCAGAUGACACUUGACAUCAACUUGGAGCGAAGCCGAGCAGUGGAGGCACAUGCAGAAAAUCAAAAGAAUCUGACCCAGCUGAACCAGAAGAUAGAGACACAGAUUGCACAUCUCCUCACCAAGUAUGAAAUAUACAGGAACGAUGUGUUGAAGUUUGCUGGAGGUACGGUGUUGACGUGUGCAGGCCUGUGUCUGGGAAUAAUCCGAGUCUGGAGCUGACGACACAUCCUCACAACGCCCGACAUCAAUUCCACCACAUCCAUUCAACAUCAGCAGCAUGAUAACUCAGCACAAGACUCACAUCAUGUGCAUUGUAGCUGGAGUUUG